UGCAAGUUGGGCUGCAGGGGCAGCGCAUACACUACAAUGGCUGCUGGAAAGAGGCGUAAGGAAACAAUUUCCAGGCCCGCCGCGUCCAGCCCGAAAUAUGAGAAAAAAAUUAUUAGAAAUUCCGCGGGCGGUGUAAAGGCGGCGGACGGGCCGGAGGGAGGAUGUUAAAGCCCCGCGGUUGCCUCUUGGUGCUGCCUUGACCGUAUUUGGCACCCAGAAUGCUUCAUUCUGUGAUGGUCUAUUAAUAAGGUUGCCUUGCUAGAGUUUGGAGCAGGGCCCCAGAUUGGCCAAAAUGGGAAGGACUGGAUUCCGCUCUCUUCCACGAAGAGUCAAUGGAACUGGCUAAGAUCAAGGUCUGACGCUUUUUCCAUCUGUCAUCAGUCCCUUUUUGCUUUCUUUUACGACCACAUGAAACUUGAGAAGCCACCUAAAGCUAAAUCAUUUAGUGGAGUUGGGCAGUUCCCAAGUGUCCAACAAGAAGGCCUGGUUUAGGCUGCGAUGGCCACUGUCAUUCCUGGUGAUUUGUCAGAAGUAAGAGAUACCCAGAAAGUCCCUUCAGGGAAACGUAAGCGUGGUGAAACCAAACCAAGAAAAAACUUUCCUUGCCAACUGUGUGACAAGGCCUUUAACAGUGUUGAGAAAUUAAAGGUCCACUCCUACUCUCACACAGGAGAGAGGCCCUACAAGUGCAUACAACAAGACUGCACGAAAGCCUUUGUUUCUAAGUACAAAUUACAAAGGCACAUGGCCACGCACUCUCCCGAGAAAACCCACAAGUGUAAUUACUGUGAGAAAAUGUUUCACCGGAAGGACCACCUGAAGAAUCACCUGCACACACACGACCCCAACAAAGAGACGUUCACGUGCGAAGAGUGCGGCAAGAACUACAACACCAAGCUCGGGUUCAAGCGGCACCUGGCCUUGCACGCGGCCACGAGCGGCGACCUCACCUGCAAGGUCUGCCUGCAGACGUUCGAGAGCACGGGUGUGCUGCUGGAGCACCUGAAGUCCCACGCGGGCAAGUCGUCGGGGGGCGUGAAGGAGAAGAAACACCAGUGCGAGCACUGCGACCGCCGCUUCUACACGCGCAAAGACGUGCGCAGACACAUGGUGGUGCACACGGGAAGGAAGGACUUCCUCUGCCAGUACUGUGCACAGAGGUUCGGGCGCAAGGACCACCUGACGCGGCACAUGAAGAAGAGUCACAACCAGGAACUCCGGAAGGUCAAGACAGAGCCCGUGGACUUCCUGGAUCCCUUUACCUGCAACGUCUCCGUGCCCAUCAAGGACGAGCUCCUCCCGGUGAUGUCCUUGCCUUCCAGCGAACUGUUGUCGAAGCCGUUCACAAACACGCUGCAGCUGAACCUCUACAACACUCCGUUCCAGUCCAUGCAGAGCUCGGGAUCUGCCCACCAGAUGAUCACAACCCUGCCUUUGGGCAUGACGUGCCCAAUAGACAUGGAUGCUGUCCACCCCUCUCACCACCUUUCUUUCAAAUACCCGUUCAGUUCUACCUCAUACGCCAUUUCCAUCCCCGAAAAGGAGCAGCCGCUGAAGGGGGAGAUCGAGAGCUACCUGAUGGAACUGCAAGGCAGCGUGCCCCCCUCUUCCCAGGACUCUCAAGCAUCGUCGUCUAAGCUAGCGUUGGAGCCGCAGAUCGGGUCGCUGGAUGACGGCACGGGGGACCUCUCCCUGUCAAAAAGCUCGAUUUCUAUCAGCGAGCCCCUGAACACAGCAGCGUUGGACUUUUCUCAGCUGUUUAAUUUCAUACCAUUAAGCGGUCCCCCCUAUAACCCCAUAUCGGUGGGGAGCCUUGGGGUGAGCUCUCCGCAGGAGGAGGCACAUUCUUCUGUGGCUCAGCUCCCGCCACAAACCCAGGAACUUCCGGAUCCUGCCGGCACCAUAGGUCUGGGCUCUCUGCACUCACUAUCAGCGGCUUUCACCAGUAGUUUAAGCACAAGCACAACGCUGCCACGUUUCCACCAAGCUUUUCAGUAGGUUCCACGAUGCGGAUCCGUUACAGAAGUGUGUGUGUAGCCCUGCCUUAGGUGACCAUUUUUAUUUUAGUGCCUACUUGCAGACAGUAUAAAAAUUUCUGCUUCUGUAUAGUACCAGUUUUCAUUAAGCCAGUAUAAAAUAGAAACUAGCUUUUUAAAUGAGCUUGGGAACCAUUUGUGUUCAGUUAUGUUUACCUGGGUAUUUUGUCCUGACUCACUGCCAACUGUCACAAUUUAAGAUGAUUUCUCAUACAGGAAAGCCAUUAUUAGUAGUAAAGUCUUACCAACCCCGUGUUCCAAUUACUGUUAGAUCUUAAAUUUUUCAUUUUUUGUCCAAUAACAAUGGCUCUACCUUUUGACAUUUGGCUCAUUAAAAAAUUUUGCAAGAGAGUUAAAUUUUCUAAAAUGUAUAUGAAUGACCUGAGAGUUGUAAAAUUUCUACUAGCCUCUAAAUGGAUUAAUAAUCAAAAGCUUCAAAUGAAUUAAGAAUCCAGUCUGGGGACAUGACAUAUGUUUCUUAGAUAGACCAUAAUUUCAGGUCAGUAUAUUUUGAAGACUUGCUAUCGUCUGGCUCAAAUGUUUGCCGUCUUUAUUAUGCACAUGUAAGGAAAACAAAACCGAAACACAAAGCACCAGUAUCUGUAGCAAAAAGAGACCCCUAGUAAGGUGACACGGCAUUCCACGUUACUUAAGAGUUGGCCUUAAUUUAGUACACAGGAUGUUUGCCACGUUUUAUACUUCUUGCUCUCUUUUCGUUCGAUUCACACUAAUAGUGUAUGGCGUCAGAGUCUUCAGUCAGUCUCUGGGUGGAUCUCUUUCGUCGUUUCCACCUUACAUGGCCAGAGGGUAGGUCAAGCACAGCCAGAAGUUCUCCUUGGAUUGUCAGUGUACAGUCGGUCCAGAGUCCAGAGCCGCUGGGGAACACAGGAAAAAAAGGACUACAUUAGGCGUAAAGGUGUACAAUAUAUUUUUAUACUGUGACUUCAUUUGUCUUUAACAAGACUUUUACACCACCCACAACAAUGUAUUCAUGUGCACUUGCAAAAGGAAAUCUCGGACGUGCAGAUGUUACCAGAACAAAACCCAGCUUUGUCCACAAGGUGACUAUAACUCAGAACGAAACGUGGGCUUUAUGAUAUGGUGUGGCGUGAAGAACAUGCUGUAUGUUACUAACAGCCCUUUGAAUUUAACAAAAACUGGGAAUCCAUUCGGAAAUGGAUUGCAUCAUGCCUGAACAUAAGCUGGACUGCUGAGAUUGUAUUUUUAGCUGAUGGAAAAAGUGUUUGGACUAGUACUCUAAAAAUGUUCUAAUGAUAAAGUUUUGAGUCAAAAUAGAAAAGAAAAACUCUGCAUUCCAGGCUGAAUUUUGUAUAUUUUUAUUGCAUUUAAAAUCGCUAUUCUGUGAUAUGGGAAAUCAAGUGGCUUAUCAUGUAUAUCAUGUACUUAAAAUGUAUUCACAAACUACUGUUGUAUUUGUAUAAAAUAUAGACAAAGAUCGUAUUUUUUGUGUGUGUAUAAGCUCUGUAAAUUAGCAAUCACAUUAUGAAGCUGCAGUGAUAACUACAUUUUAAACAUCCACACCCAAAGAAGCAGCUAUUUAUUGUCCAGUUACCCAGAUAUAAAAUAUUAAUUUGCUGCUAAUUAAACAAGAGUGCUGCAGCUUCUU